AUGGCGCUCUCACUCAGCACGACGCCGCGGACGCUCCCGGACCUGCAGGCCGCGCUGCGGCUUCCGACGGAGGCGGCGGCAACAGCCCUCGUCGGCGAGGACGCGGUCAAGGAGGCGUUCCGGCGGUACGCGAACCUGUGCCUGUCGGCGGGGUUGCCGGGGCAGGCGGUGCCGACGGGGCGGGCGGUGCAGCGGUACCUGACGGGGCGGGCGGUGGAGGGCCGGGGGGCGGCGGCGCUGGACGGCGCCGUCGCCGCCGACUGCCACGCGCGGCCCUACGACGUGCUGCCGCACGCCGCGCGCUUCGUGCUCGCCGCCGCCCUCUUCCUGAACACCCCCUCCGGCCGCCCCUACGACGUCGGCCCCCCCGCCGCCCACCCGCCCCCCGACGCGGACCUCGACCGCUGCGACCGCCUCGUCCGCCUCCUCGGAUUCCUCGCCCAGCAGAACCGCGAAAACAGGGACAGGCUCAAGCGCUUGCGCGCGGAAAGACUUGCGCGCGGCCGCGGCGCCGCGGAGAGCUAG